AUGGCCCGGCUAUUCCAGGUACUCGCCCUGGGGGCUGCUGCACUCGUCGGCAGUGGCACCGCCCCGACGGGCGUCUCGGCAGACGUUCCGGCCGACCUGGGUCCCGGAGGUACAGCACCGGUGCGGCCGUUCCGCCUGGACCAGGUACGGCUCGGCAAUGGCUUGCUGCAGGAGAAGCGUGACCGCAUCAAAGGGUUUCUGGAGGAAUACGACGAGCGCAAGUUCAUGGUCCUGUUCAACAACCAAGCCGGCCGGCCCAACCCCAGUGGCGUUUCUCCCCCCGGCGGGUGGGAGGACGGUGGGCUGCUCAGUGGGCAUUGGACGGGUCACUACCUGACAGCCCUCUCUCAAGCCUACGCCGAGAAAGGCGAGCAAACCUUCAAAACGAAGCUCGACUGGCUGGUGAAGGAGUUGGCUGCUUGCCAGAGUGCGAUCAGCGCGCGGCUGAACGGCAGCACUGGUUCGGGUGCUGAUGCCCAAUGGAUUCCAACGUAUUCUGGCUACCUGGGCGCUCUUCCAGAGGACACCGUGCUGAGGCUUGGCCCGCCUCGCUGGGCCGUCUACGGAAGCGACCUGAACAAGAAUACCUGGGCGCCGUGGUACACGCAGCACAAGAUCAUGCGAGGGCUUUUGGACGCGUACUACAACACCAACAACACCCAGGCCCUUCAGGUUGUGGAGAAGAUGGCCGAUUGGGCGUACCUCGCGCUGACCGUUGGCGACAAGAACCACCCUGACUACAAAGGCAACCUGACCAGGGACGACCUCAACUACAUGUGGGAUCUCUAUAUCGGCGGCGAGUUUGGUGGAGCCAACGAGGUUUUCCCGGAGAUCUACCAGCUUACCGGCGAUGAGCGUCACUUGCAAACUGCCAAAGCCUUCGACAACCGGGAGUCUUUGUUCGGAGCCGCCGUAGAAGACCGCGACAUUCUGGUUGUGACACCUGACAAGAUCCCAGGCCGGCGUCGAAAGCAGCGUUUGCAUGCCAACACGCAUGUCCCGCAAUUCAUCGGCUACCUGAGAGUCUUCGAGCAAGGGGGUGGGGAUGACUACUUCACCGCGGCGAAGAACUUCUACGGCUGGGUAGAGCCUCAUCGUGGGUUCGCGAGCGGCGGGACAGGCGGGAGCUUCCCCGGGUCUGACACCAACGCCGAGCUUUUCCAGAACCGGGACAACAUCGCCAAUGCCAUCGCCUCAGACGGCGCCGAGACGUGCACGACGUACAACCUGCUCAAGCUGGCCCGGAACCUGUUCCUCCACGAGCACAAUGCGACCUACAUGGACAACUACGAGCGCGGCCUGUUCAACAUGAUCACCGGAUCGCGUGACGACACAGACAGCGGCAGCGAUCCCAUGCUCACCUACUUCCAGCCACUCAGCCCCGGCACACCACGCGACUUUGGCAACACCGGCACCUGCUGUGGCGGGACGGGGAUGGAGAGCCACACCAAGUACCAAGAGACAGUCUACCUGCGCUCAGCAGACGGGUCGACGCUCUGGGUCAACCUGUACGUCCCGUCCACGCUGACCUGGGAAGAGAAAGGCUUCACAGUCAAGCAGGAGACGACCUUCCCGCGCGAGGGCGCCUCCAAGUUCACCAUCACCGGGCAGGGGCCGCUGGACAUCAAGCUCAGGGUGCCCGCGUGGGUCCGCAAGGGCUUCCAGGUCACCGUCAACGGACAGGCCCAGCCAGGCGACCAGGCCCAGCCGGGCUCGUACCUGACCCUCAGCCGGACCUGGGCCGCAGGCGACGUCGUCGAGGUGAAGAUGCCCUUCACCAUCCGCACCGAGCGCGCGCUGGACCGCCCGGACACGCAGGCCAUCAUGUGGGGGCCGGUGCUCCUGCAGACCCUCGGCACACCCCGCGGCAGCAACGACACCUUCUGGCAGCUGUCGCUGUACCGGCACCUCAAGCUGGACGGCGACUACGCGCGCGCGGCCGUCGCGCAGACCGGGCGCACCGCCGCCGGCGACCCGCUCUUCACCACGGCCCAGGCCAGUGGCAACCUGACGGUGCGCCCAUACUACAUCAGCGACUCGCAGCCCGUGUCGUCGUAUUUCCGCCGCGUCGAGCCGGCCGUCGUGUUUGGGUCCGUUACGACGGGGGUCGCGAACAAGAAGCGGAACGAUGGGCUGCCGAAUUACGACGUGCCCGUGUCGGGCAUCGCGUCGCCGGGGACGGAUGGCCCGACGUUCCUUGACCUGGUCUGGGACAAGGCGCCCUUCGCCACGCAUGCUGAGUUCGUGGACACCGUGACAUCCACUGCAGAUAGCUUUGUCGCGGCCGGGGUGUAUUCGGCGAAGGAGCGGGAUGCCAUUGUCGCGAAGGCUGGUGGUGCGGAGGAGGCAUUAGCUCCUUAG